AUGUUCACAGCGACGCUCCCCGAAGCUUUCAACAGACUCACAGAUGACUUAUUGGGCAAAGACUAUGUAACGAUCACGAAUGAAGAGAGACUGAAAGCCAAUAACCACGUUGAGCAAAUCUACGUCUACACAGAGUCAAGGAAGGAGAAGCAUGAAGAGUUAAGGAAGAUAAUCGAAAAUUACUCUAAUGUGAAGAUUCUGAUUUUCGUGAAAACCAAGGACAUGGCGGAUAUCCUGAGCGCAUCUUUUGAGCAGGAAGGUAUCAAAGUAGAAAGCCUUCAUGGAGGGCGGCCGCAAGAUUUGCGAAGUAAGAUUUUCAAUAACUUCAAGGCAGGAGGGACUCAGAUCGUUAUUGGCACAGAUGUUUGCGGAAGAGGAUGGGAUGUUGAUGGCUUGGAUAUUGUUGUGAACUUCGAUAUGCCUUCUGCCAAAGAAUCAUUGAACGAUUGCUUAGACACAUUCAUUCAUAGAAUAGGAAGAACCGGAAGAAUGAAAACGGGUAAGGCAAUCACUUUCAUUGGAGAUGAGGACAAAGACUUCGUCCCGCAUCUCAUCAAGCUAUGUCAAGCUUCUCAACAAGAAGUACCAGAAUUCAUGCUGGAGAUGGAGAAAAGUUUUGUGGAAGCUGGAAUCAGUCGAACGUUUGGUCAACCAUCGUUUGGAAGAACA